AGGCCCCAGAAAAGAAGUUAAAGGAGAUUUCUGCCUAAAGAAGAAAGCCAUGGUAGGGUGGAGCUGAGACCCCGGUUUGGUUUCGGGGAUCAGGGCUACGUAGGGCCAAUGGCCACAGGCAGCCCCAGCACAGGGAGGGUUAAGCAUCCUCCGGGUUCCCACCCUGCUCUGGGCCCCUCCCUUGUGUUUACGUCCUCCCAAAAAUAUUCUGCCUCCAGCUGGCCUCCUUCAGUGUCCUGCCCCUCCCCCUUGAGUUAGCCUUGGGGGCCCGAGGGGGUGCCAGGGCCAGGGCUCCCAGGACUACAAGGGAGCCAGCAGGCUCGGGCGUGCUGGGGCAGAAGCGGACCUGGAGAGGCUGAGCUGCAGGGCCCGGGGUUGGUGGCUCCUCUGGCUGAACACACUCUCUGCAAGGCCAGGGUGACAGAGGUGAAGCCAUGUGGCAGCUGCUGAUCCCCGUGGCCCUGUGGCUGGGCAUGGUGGGCCUGGGCAGAGCGGAGCUCACGGCGGCCCAGCAGCGGGGCCUGCAGGUGGCCCUGGAAGAAUUCCACAAGCACCCGCCUGUUCAGUGGGCCUUCAAGGAGAUUGGCGUGGACAGUGCCACAGACACGGGGAGGAGGGGCAGAUCACAUCUAGGGACUGCUGGGCCACUCAGCCGGCUGCUGGCCUUUGUCUGUCGGCAGUUCUUCCCUGCAGGGACCUUUGUGAGGCUGGAAUUUAAGCUCCAGCAGACGAGCUGCCGGAAGAAAGACUGGAAAAAAGCUGAGUGCAAAGUCAAGCCCAAUGGGCCUGCUGGGAGCACCCAUCCCCACGGCACGCAGCCCCCAGUUUCCACCCCACCGGGGCCACAGGACUGCCCUGACCUCUCUCCUCCCCCGGCCCCAUGCUCCCCUCCCCAGAGGAAGCGGAAAUGCCUGGCCUGCAUCAAGCUGAACUCUGCAGACAAAGUCCUAGGCCGGAUGGUCCACUGCCCCAUACUCACGCAGGUCCAACGGGAGCCUGAGGAACAGCACGAGGAGCAGUGCAGCAGGGUGGAGCGUGCAGGAGAGGACCCCCACAGCUACUACUUCCCGGGACAAUUUGCCUUCUUCAAGGCCCUGCCCCCCAGCUGAGGCCUGCUGAAUUUUGUCCCGCUUCCCGGACAGCAGGAGGUAACCAGUGAAAGACCCACCUCCCAUCCCCGCGCCCAGGGAGGACGAUCCCAUUAUCCCCGAGCUAAUAAAACCGCUCUCCCAGA